AAACUUGUGCGUUGCACUUUCAGCUUGAAUUAGCUAACUUUUGCGCGGUACUUGUGAAAGUCUGACUAUGUAGCGAGUUCACAAUCUCGAUUCCAAGAUAGUCUUAAUCUAAUGUUUGUGUCAUUGCUUAUUGUUUUUGAUUGCUUUCGUUAAUAAAUCCCUCCUCACUCACGCCACUCUACGUGCUGUUUUAGUACACAUAGUACCUUCUGGCUACACGAACCGUCACAGGCUGAGACGGAUCGCAGUGCUGAUGUUUACCCUGGUGUUUAAUAAAUAUUCACACAGAUUGCUGUAAAUGUCAACAGCCAUCAAUUCUUCUGUCCCAACUCCUAAUGGUGCUAAAAAUAUAGUCCCAGACUCAUCGCCUGCUGCAGUAAGACUUCCGUUAGCUAGUUCCGUUCGCCAAACAACUGACGCUACAUCGAAUCAGAAAGAUUCAACUAAGGUACCCAUAUGUCUAAUAAAACUAGUCCGGUCGAUCGUUAGAACUUUCUAUUCAAGAGAACAUUCUCUCAUCGUUGAUAUGCUGGUACGUAAUACAAUUAUGAAAGAAGAUGACCUAUGUGAAAGACUUCGCUUUGAAAGGAAACAACUAAGACAGUAUCUGCACACACUAAAAUGUGACCAAUUUAUUAAAUCGAAAUUACAAUUGGAAACGGAUGUUGAUGGAAAAACAACAAAGAUAACACACUAUUUCAUUGACUACAAACUCUUUGUCAAUGUAGUCAAGUAUCGACUGGAUCAAAUGCAACGUCGACUAGAAGCUGAACAAAGACAGUCAACAAGUCGAGCUAGUUUCAAAUGUUUUUCUUGUAAUACAGCCUAUACAGACUUGGAAGUGGAUCGUUUAAUGGAUUUUACUAAUCCGGGAAAACUUGUAUGUGUAUAUUGUCGUGGGGAAGUUUGUGAAGAAGAAGAUAACGCUUCACGAACAGAUGCUCGUGCUUUAAUCGCAAAGUUUCACCAUCAGGUUCGAGAUCCGAUCGAUCUAAUGCUUCGUGAAUGUGAUGAAAUACACUUGUCACCUUCAAUACUCGAACCAGAAAUCCGUCCUCUUGAACCUCUAAACGAUGAUACCUCUGAUGAGUCUCAAAACAUCGGUAGGAACUCUAUUUUGCCUGGUGAUAAAAAAAACUCGUCUCUAUUCGGUCCAUCUGAAAGCAGUGUUCGGAUCGUGCUAAGUGGAAACUCAAGUGGAUCAAACCAAGUGGUCAAAGAAAGACCUAUAUGGAUGUCUGACAGCACCAUAAGUCUCAACCCAACUCCUGGAAUUGGAAAUACGGAUUCACAAGUGAAUAUAUUUUCAAAUGCAUCCGAUUUUCAUUCGAACCAUACUCCUGAAGACGCUAUCACUCAGACUCUUGCCCCUGGGAGAGUGCCCUCUGGAUUUGGUAGUAACUUAUCCAAUUAUGUUACAGCUAGUGUUUCUCACAACAGGCUAACGGAUACUACUACCUCGGAAACUAAUCUAAUGACAAAUACGACUGGUGGGACCAAUGCAGCUUCGUCUAGUGAUAUUAUGCAAUUACUACUUGUACAUGAGCGACGUGGUCUACUCACCCGGAAUUCCGCUAAAAAUGUUAGUGUCCCAGGUCAGUUCAAUAUAUUAAGUACCGUAAAUAUAUUAUUUCUAACCUCGGUAUUUAUUAAUAUUACUGUUUUUUCCGCAUAGGUCGCAAUAAUGCACAUAAAACUACACUUGCCCAACCCGAUCCCCUGGUUAACACGGAAAAUACGUCUGUGGACCUUCACUCAAAGAAGUUCGAGGUUACUGUUGGAGGUCAGCUUAUGCUUUAUACAGAUGUAACUCCAGCAAUGGUGAAGACAAUGACUAAAGAAGAGCGUGAAAACUACGUGCGCGUUGGUAAGCUCAUGUUCACCAACUUAAUGCUCGAAUAAAACGAAAAUGAGCUUGUGUAAAAUAUAAUGUAUUAUACAGAUUCAAAAAUACACGAUGCUUAACAUA